UCUUGCAGAUAUGAAGAUAUCCAGCACCGAAGAGAAGCGGAUCGAGAGAAGAUCGCUCAGUGGACGAAUGCGAUUGCUGACGCGGAAAAUGAGCUAGAAAUGCUUCGUGCCAGAUGGAAGCAGCUUACUGAUGAGGAGAAACGUCUGAAUAACGACAAUGCUCGUAUCUGGGAAGAUCUUCAGAAAGCCAGAAACGAUCUCGAUGAAGAAACGAUUGGCCGCAUUGAUUUCCAAAACCAAGUAGCAAACGCUCAUGGAGGAGCUCGAAUUCCUCCGCAGGCACUUCUCGCUCAAGCACCAGCCGACACCCGUGAAUUCUUCAAGAACGAAUUGGCUCUGGCUAUCAGAGAUAUCAAGGAUGAGUACGACUACAUCGCCAAACAGGGUAAACAGGAUAUGGAAAGUUGGUACAAACUCAAGGUAUCGGAAGUGCAAGGAUCAGCGAAUCGUGCCGCAAUGGAAUCGACCUACCAACGCGAGGAGGUUAAGAGAAUGCGUGACAACAUUGGCGAUCUUCGUGGUAAACUUGGCGAUCUCGAAAACAAGAAUGCACUACUUGAAAAGGAAGUACAGAAUCUCAACUAUCAGCUUAGCGAUGAUCAACGACAAUACGAAAUGGCUCUUAACGAUCGUGAUGCUACUCUUCGCCGAAUGCGUGAGGAAUGCCAGACUUUGGUGAGUAAUUCCACAUAA